AUGAUGGAGGACUUGGGCCUUGGCCGAGUAGAAGAGCUGCCUAUGGAAGACAACCCCAGUUUCCGCGAUGUCUCUCGUGGAGGGUUUGACGGAGGUGGCUCUCGUGGCGGCUUCCGUGGCAGGGGCCGUGGCCGAGGCCGUGGUGGUAACUUCGGUCAGGUCGCCUCUGAAAGUGUUCGAGCCGUGACUACUCCCAAUGCAAAUGAGGUUGCUAAUGCAUGGAAAGCCGCUAUCAAUUCAAAUGUCUUUGAUGACGAGGACGCUGCCGAGGUCAAGGGGCUGGAUACCUUAGGAGGUGGAAAUCUCCAUCGCAUGCGCAUCGCUUCUGAGAAUGUCACCCCUGUCUCCUUUCAACCUAGGCCCUACAAGGCAAUUCCCUCCUGGCUAUGCUAG